GAAGAGUUUAAUAUUGGUCAAGCUCCAAUCAUGUGACACGUCAGCGCCGUGUAACGUGGAGACGUAAUAGCUUUAGACUGAUUGGGUGUUCAUUCCACUCAUAGCCGUAAGUAGUCUUAGAAGAGAAGGAACGGGAGUGAAGGCUAAUUAAUAUUUUCAUGUGUUGUAGUCUAGUAUUACGCAGUGAGCUAUCUUAAAUGAGACGUGUAAUUGUAUUCGUGGAUGGUUUCUGUCAACAUAAGGAUUACGAAUGUCGCUAACACUGACAGCCAUGAGUAACAGCACAGUGACCAGCAGCCAGCAGCAGUGGUCGAGGUCUGGGCAGGCGCCGUUGCCUUCCAGGGGCCCCUAUAUCUCAGUCAUCACCAACAGAACCACCAACCUUGUUAUCCGAGGGGCUAUGCUGUUCUCAGUGGGUGUCUUUCUGGCACUGGUGCUGAACUUGCUUCAGGUGCAGAGAAAUGUCACCCUUUUCCCCCCCGAUGUCAUAAGCAGUAUUUUCUCUUCAGCUUGGUGGGUGCCGCUCUGCUGUGGCACAGCCUCAGCGAUGAUUGGGCUGUUGUACCCCUGCAUCGACAGCCAUCUGGGUGAGCCACACAAGUUCAAGCGAGAAUGGUCCAGCGUGAUGCGCUGCGUGGCUGUGUUUGUGGGCAUCAACCAUGCCAGUGCUAAGGUGGACUUUGCCAACAACAUCCAGCUGUCUCUGACCCUAGCAGCCCUGUCCAUCGGUCUGUGGUGGACAUUUGACCGCUCCCUCAGUGGCUUCGGCCUGGGAGUCAGCAUUGCCAUGUUAGCAACACUGGCUACCCAACUCCUGGUUUACAAGGGAGUCUUUCAGUAUACUUCUCCAGAUUUCCUGUACAUUCGCUCCUGGUUACCCUGUAUCUUUUUUGCUGGGGUGAUAACUAUGGGAAAUAUAGGACGGCAGCUAGCCUUGUAUGAAUACAAAUUUAUUCAGGAAAAGGCCCAUCAGGACUGAGGAAUUGCUUGGCUCCAUUGGGCCUCUGCUCAAAAUGAUACUGUCUUUGCAUCAACCUGAAGCCAGAGGCAGAGUAUCAGAGAAUAUCUGCAUGCAGCAUAGAUGAGUACUGACUGGCCCAAGCCUUGGCCGGUCAGGCAUGUUAGGCAAUCCCUGAGCUCCUGACUGGAUGUCUCGUGCCAUCCACUGGACAAGUCAGUAUUAUUGACUGGCUCUCGUCAGGUCUUUCACAGCAAGGAGUGGUCACUGGCUUCAUUCUAACUUGAGUUGAGGUGAACAAUGAGAGCAGAGUUUCUUGUUUUUUUCUUUAGUGCAGCUUAUAUCUACUUAAUCUAGAAGGAUUAGCAGCAAUGCAUUUAUCAUUCUUCAGAUCACCUCGGAUGUUUGAAACCUUUGGCUCCAUUGUGCCAAACCCAGUUGCACAGGAUCAGUUUUAAACUCUGCUCUUAUCCCCUAAUUCUUCCUUCAUCUUUCACGGGUCUGUAGAGAACACCCAGCCUUGUUAAUUUCUAUUUAGAUAUCCAUCUGUAUAGCAGUCCUGUUAUUGUAUGUCAUUGGCUUAUAUCUACAUUUAAAUUUUCUUGCUAUAGGAAUGAUUAUGUGUGUACUUUAUGCAUGUCUGCCUUGACUUGAGAACACAGGGUGUGUACUGAUCACCUGCAGUGUAUAUUUCUACCAUGUACACUGACAUAUACAGUAUCAUGAGAUCUAAAGAAUGAAAGAAUACACAAACAGAGGGGGCUUUCUUAUCACCCAUGCAAAACUUAACUAUAUUGUCUGGACUGGAGCCCCGCAGAGAUUGCUGCCAGAAAGUGCUAAUUUUAUUUUGUGCAUAUGAACGUGUGUUUGCGUGAUGUGGUUAUUUUUUCUGCAGUUUAUAAACUGUGUUAUCUGUUGGUGUUUAUCAAACCUGA